CCAACAAGACCAGCUUUGGCGUCUUGGCCAGAUCAAAUUAGGGUUUUGCUCCUCCCGCUCCGAGAAAGCGAGCAGCUCGAGCUCCGCCGAUUCCCACCCGUGGCUCGUCGCCGCCUCCGCCUCCGCUCCUCCCUCCCGCCGCCAAGAUGAAGCUCGUCAGGUUUCUGAUGAAGCUGAACAACGAGACGGUCACCAUCGAGCUCAAGAACGGCACCGUCGUCCACGGAACCAUCACCGGUGUGGAUAUAAGCAUGAACACCCACUUGAAGACUGUUAAGCUCACAUUGAAAGGGAAAAAUCCUGUAACCCUUGACCACCUCAGUGUGAGAGGAAACAACAUUCGCUAUUACAUCCUCCCUGAUAGCUUAAAUCUGGAAACUUUACUAGUAGAGGAUACCCCGAGAGUCAAGGCUAAGAAGCCAACUGCAGGGAAACCUUUGGGGCGUGGGCGCGGACGCGGUCGUGGCCGUGGUCGGGGCCGGGGGCGCUGAGCUUUGUUAUUCCCUGUUUUGUGAAGCUCUUGCAGUGCAAAAGUAUUUCAAUUCUAUUAGAACAGAGAUGCCAAUCUCAGUAGUUCUUGCUGUGGAAUCAUCCUGGCAUUUGACCUAAUGUUCAUGUCUAUCAGGUUACAUCAUUCAUAAUGAACAUGGGCGAUGCCUUUUCUCAGACCUUCGAGAUUUUAAGUGGUAUGUUGUUAGUUUGGUUAUUUUAAUAUAAUUCUUCUGCCUUAAUACUGAGUAAGUGCUUGAAAUGUCUUGAUCUAUUAAGCAUGUCUGGUAUGAACUUUCAACCUUGGCCUUUGGUGCUGUUUUCUUAUCUCAAAAGACAAAAGGAAUACUACUAGUAGUUUGUUUUCUUCAUAAAUCAUAAUCAUUCUUCCCCCAUUUGGUAGGUUGUUCAUGUGAUUUGCUGGGCUGUCAGCAGUAGCUAAAUUCCUAAGUUAAAACCGUGUAAAUGAUACUCCCUCCGUUUCACAAUGUAAGUCAUUCUAGCAUUUCCCACAUUCAUAUAGGUGUUAAUGAAUCUAAAUAUAUAUAGAUGUCUAGAUUCAUUAACAUUUAUAUGAAUAUGAGAAAUGCUAGAAUGACUUACAUUGUGAAACGGAGGGAGUACGUAAGAUUGAAGUUGCUGGUGGUACUCUUCAACUCAUGCUCGGUUCGCAGUCUCUGGACCCCCUCGAAUCCCUUUCCUUUUUUCCCCCUUUUGUGCCUUUGAUUCUGCGGGCGCCGUGCUUCUUUGCCUAUCCAACAGCAGUUGCAACGAGCACUGGUGAUUUACCUGAUUGGCCGGCCGAUUGCUUUGCUUUCCCAUCGAAGCAAGUACGCUGUCGCGAUCGCAUUCACUUCUGCAACCUGGUCAGCCAAUUCAUCCCGUGCUCACUGCUCGGCAAACGGCAUUAUCAUGUCCUAAUGAUCUGAUCGUCCCAUUUAGAAAUGGCAAGGCGACACAUGUAGCUCUCCCAGAAUUAACUCCUUUCACCCACGAUGCACUGCAAAUACUACUACUUGAUAACCAUCAUCCUGGUCUUUAUGGGCAGAGCCAUGUCCAUGUGUCCGUGAUUAGUCCAUACAGUCGUCUGGCUAUCUGCAACCGAAGAUUCCGGGCAUGGCAAAAAGGUAGUAAAAGGCCCAUCACUCCAAAGAGUACAAACAGUCACCAAGCUUCGCUAUAGUAGCUAGCUUGUCCCUGAAGCGACACUGCGGAUACCAUGCCAUCCAGGAGAGGCACAAGGACGACACUUGUGCAUGCAGCGGCUUCUCUCCGAUAAAAAGGGCGUGCAGCUUGGGCUGUCCGGCGAGAGAGGGGUGCAGCAGUGCAGUGGAGAGGCAUGUGCAAGCUCAAGUUCAACAGGGAGAGGGUGGGGUGCUACCUGCUGGUGAUCCUGGUGGUGGCCCUCCUCAUCGGCGUCCUCUUCGGCCUCGGCGUCUUCCGCCACGGCUACGAGCGCUUCAAGGACCUCGGCCGCAACCACACCUGCUACGACUGCAACACCGGCUGACGCUUUCUCGAUCAGCUGCUCAGGUUUCCAAGUAGCUAUUGCUCUGGUGCGGAGUAGCGUCUAAAUUAAUAAAUUCGUGGUUUUUUGGGGGUAGUAGUCGUUGUUGUUUUGGUUUUGUCCUUGGUAGUCGUUGUUGUUUGGUUUUGUCCUUGGUUUCAUUCUUGCCAAAAGCAAUAGAACUGCUGUUUCUCUCGUGUUGUACACUUGUACUGCCUCAUUUGUUCAGUUGUUUCUGUUGUGGUUGUACUGCGUCGAUCAUUCAGUCAGUACUCAUAGGAGAAACAGUUAAAUUCACAGACCAAUAUUAAAGUAAUUUUGAGCAUGAUAUGAUAUGAUAUGAUCAGAA